AUGCCUGCCACAGCCGACAAUGAUCCUCAGGCCACUUCGUCCCACAUGAUGAAGACCACAAAACGCGGCAGACCAUUCCUCAAAGACACUCUGGACCUCUUCGCAACUCUCAUCGUAUCUCUCCAAUUGAUUUUGAAGGUCUUGCACCCGACCCACGACCGCCUGUAA